CGGACUUCCACCGGAUUAAACAGUAAGCAACCACUCACUAGCCCAUCAACAUCUGCCCUCCGAGAAGCCACCGAAAAUGAUCUCACGACGCGACAAAUUGCUGCAGCAGCCGUGGGAGCAACUGCGGUACGCCCAGCACCGCGAGAAGGUCAUGUCCGCCCGCCCAGCCAUCGACACCCACUCGCCGCGCGCCCACGAGCACGUGCAGCGCAAGUGGAAGAAGCAGCAAGUGGAGCGGGAGCGCCAGCAGCAGAUCGAGCGGGAGAACCUGAGACUCCUCCAGAAACUGGGCGACAUAAUGCGCACCAAGCGCAUCAACAAUCUCUGGCUGCAACCGCGGCCCAAUUUCCUCAACCGCGAGAAGCUCUUUGCCACCCGCCCGUACUCCAGCCUCCCCGAAGUGGUUACCAUUUACGGAAAACAACCGCCGGGACCACUUAUCUAUGGCAUGCUGCCCAAGCCGACGGUUGUGGGUCGUUGUCCUACCUGCAGCGGCAAUCCGGAGCGCACCGAGGUGGCCAUUCCCGAGCAGCGAACUCCCUGGGCGCCCGAGAGAAAGUCCUGGAACCGGAAGACGCAGGAGCAAGUGAAGCCGCAUCGAUGCUACCACUGCGGAUCUGUAAAGACCAGCGAACGCAAGUACUUCGAGGAAUUCUCGUACUCUUACUCCUACGACGAAUGAUGAAGCUCGUGGUUCGUGGGACAAAUAAAAGUAAAUUCA